ACUUAAGGAUGAGGGUGGCCGAGCAUCUCUUGCAGAAACUCCGCUCAAGGUUACAGCCCCUCCAGUGGAAGCCGGUGUCUUACUGUGGCACAGGCACGUCUUUUGGAUGGGUGUAGGCUGGGACCAGUUCCUCAGGAAGAAUGAUGCUAUUGUAACUAAGCUGGCUCUUUGCUUUUCCAAACAUUUUUCUUGUGUGUGCCUGUUUUGGUUUUUUUUUUGUUUGUUUUUUUUAAUUGAUUUUUUUUUAAGUUCUCGGUUGGAUUGCUGCGGAGGUCAUGGAAGGGUAAAACCGAUUUAACAGAUAAGAGAAGAAGAGAGGCUGUACCUUCAGGCAUGGCACUUCUGAAUUUUCAUUCAGGCUGCAGCCCGGAUGCCAGGCUGGCGGCGUGAUUUGCAAUUGCUUGCUUGCAGUUUUUUCUCCUGUUGGUGAUGUGUGCAGGAAACCUGCCUGGUUUUAUAUGGUCACUAUAUUGGGUUUCUGGAAUCAUCCCCUGUGCUGUCUAAUUCUGCCUAUGCAAAGGAUUUUUGGUGUCUGGAUGGGAGGGGAGGUUCGAACAAUACGAAGUUUGCCUGCUUUGAAAUUCUUGCUGCAGAUAUUUUGAAAGGUGUGCAGAAGCGUGGAAAAAUUGUGCUCGGUCCUUCCCGAGGCUCAGUUGUGUGGCUACACGUUCUGAAUACGUGACACGACAAGAAAAGAUGUAACUUGAAAAGGGGGAGCAGGGUGUGAGAGAGCGAAAUGAAAGAGUUUCUUUGCAGCUCCAUCCAUUUCAAUGGUGCAGCUUUCCCAAGCCCCUUUCCAUCGUCCAUCAUCACCUUCAGGCCGGUCGGAGGAAGGGGAGGAGAAGAGGAUGAAGGCGGCCAAGCAGCAGGUGACCCCGGCUGGGGAGAGCCCGGCUCCCGCCAGCCCCCUGCAGUCCGCGCUGAGCACGGCGGCCUCUCCUUCCCAGGCGUAUGAGAUCUACAUCGACAACGGGCUCAUCUGCCUCAAACACAAGAUCAGGAACAUCGAGAAAAAGAAGCUCAAACUAGAAGACUACAAAGAUCGUCUGAAGAAGGGAGAGACCCUCAAUCAAGACCAAUUGGAGGCAGUAGAGAAAUAUGAUGAAGUAGUGCACAACCUGGAAUUUGCCAAGGAGCUUCAGAAGACUUUUUCAGGGCUUAGCCAAGAUCUGCUGAAAGCACAGAAGAAGGCUCAGCGGAGAGAGAGUCUACUGAAGCUUGAAGCAGAGAAGAAAAAGCUGCGUACAAUACUUCAAGUCCAGUAUGUGCUGCAGAACUUCACUCAAGAGCAUGUUCAGAAAGACUUCAAAGGUGGUGUGAAUGGUGCGAUAUACUUGCCUUCUAAAGAACUAGACUACCUCAUAAGAUUUGCAAAACUGACGUGUCCAGAAAGAAAUGAGAACUUGAGUGUUGAAGAUCAGAUGGAACAAUCAUCUCUUUACUUCUGGGACCUUCUAGAAGGAAGUGAGAAACCUGUGGUUGGAACAACAUAUAAACACAUGAAGGACCUGUUAUCCAAACUUCUAGACUCUGGCUACUUUGAAAGUAUUCCGACUCCUCGCACCAUUGUGCCAGUAAAAGAAUUGGAAGAAGUAAAUAGAAAACCUGAGAAAACAAGACACCUGUCAAAAGGAGAGUCUACCAAAGAACCAGAAUCCAUUAUGGAGCUUAUGAAAUCUGAAAUACAACCACAGGAGUUUCUCAACAGGCGUUAUUUGCCUGAAGCAGAAUACUCUGUCAAGAAGAAGCCAGAAGAGCCCAGAUCUUGGGAAGCUGAGUGUGCUAGAAAACAAGAACCUCCAAAGUCCUGGGAGAUGCUUGUUGAUGUUAAAGAGCAGGAACAGAAGCAGAAACAAGAGACCUUAAAGCCUUGGGAAGCUCGUGUUAGACACCAAGAACUAAAAAGACCAGAUUCUCCAAAGCCUUGGGAAGCUUGUGUUAAAGAGGAGGAACAGAAGCGUGAGUCUGCAAAGCCCUGGGAGACCCAUGUGGAGGAGGAACAACAGAAGAAGCCGGAAGCUCCAAAGGCGUGGGUAGCACGUGUCCGAGAGGAGCAGGAGUCUCCCAAACCCUGGGUAGCAAAGGUCAGGGAAGAGCAGGACCAGAAGAAACAGGAAUCACCUAAGCCAUGGGUAACAAAAGUUAGGGAAGAGCAGGAACAGAAACAGCAGGAGUCCUCAAAACCUUGGGUAACCAAAGUUAAGGAAGAACCAGAAGAAAAGCAGGAAUCUCCAAAACCUUGGGUAACCCAAACUAGGGAGCAACCAGAACAAAAGAAGCCAGACCCUAUGAAAACAUGGGAAGUGCCUGUUAGGGAAGAGCCAGAGCAAAAGAAGCAGGAGCCUGUGAAGGCUUGGGCUGCACAUGUUAGGGAGGAGCCAGAACAAAAGAAGCAGGAGACUCGAGAGGCUUGGGAGAAAGCUGACAGGCAGCAGCAAGUGUCAUCACUGCAGUUACAGAACCCUCCGAAGUCCUGGGCAGCUGCCAGUAUGGGGCCAAAGGAACAGAUGGGGCCAAAGAAGUUUGAUAUGGAACCCAAAGAAGUGCCUAAACCUGUACAUCAGCCAGCUGCAGAAUUUUGCUCUACUUCAACUCUUCCAAAAGAUCCAGUACUGAGAAGGGAAAAACUUCAGGAUCUGAUGACUCAGAUACAAGGGACUUACAACUUCAUGCAAGAGUCCAUUCUGGAUUUUGAUAAAGCUUCACCAAGUGCCAUUGGUUCAUCCCAACCUCCUUCAGUUACUCCAGCAAGUAGUCCUGUAGCUUCAAAAGAGCAGAAACUGCCAAGUCAGAGUGAUUUUCUUCAACAACCUCUUCAGGCUGCUACUUCAUCCAUGGCGCUGCAUAGUUCAAAUACAUCCCUAGCAUCUGCUGAUCCUGCUCUUUCUGGCUCUGAAACUGAAGACUUGGUGACACCACAGGCAACCAUUCUCCUCCCAAGUGAGCCACAGUCGCCAUUGCCUACUUCAAGCACCCCCAUGCCGACAGUGCCACCAGCGCAAAGCUUUCAGACUCCUCCAGCAAGCAGCAGUUCUGUCACAAUAACAGCAGCUCCCUUUCAGGCUAUGCAGACUGUAUUUAAAGUGAAUGCACCACUGCCUCCACGUAAAGACCAGGAAAUUAAAGAGGAUUCUUCAUAUUCAGCGGGAUAUAACCAGAGUUUUUCCACAGCAAGUACACAGACUCCUCCUCAAUGCCAGUUGCAAUCUUCUCAUGUUGCAGAACAAACCUCUCUUUCACAAGAAUCUCUGUCCUCAGCAGUGAACUAUCAACCUGAUGGAGCUGUUCCUGUUAGCAAUGGUAGCCUUGCCUUUUAUCCAGCACAGGCUAAUGUUAUUCCCAGACCUCCUCAGCCCUACCUCAACAGUCGUGGGUCUGUCAGAGGGUCUGCUAGAGGUGGAAGGUCACUGGCUAAUUCGUAUCGCUCCCCUGGUGGGUACAAAGGUUUUGAUGCUUACAGAGGUUCACCUUCACUAACUAAUGGCAACUAUGGUCAGCUACAGUUUCCUGGUAGAGAUUAUGCUGGAAUGCCAUAUUCUCAGAGGGAUAUUAAUUACCAGCAGUGCUAUAAACGAGGUGGGAUAAGUAGUGGUCCUCGAGCAAAUUCAAGAGCAGGGUGGAGUGACUCCUCUCAGGUGAGCAGCCCAGAACGAGACAAUGAGACCUUUAACAGUGGGGACUCUGGGCAGGGAGACUCCCGCAGCAUCACCCCUGUGGAUAUGCCAGUGACGAGCCAGGCUGCCACCAUACUCCCAGUGCACGUCUACCCGCUCCCGCAGCAGAUGAGAGUCGCCUUCUCUGCUGCUCGAACAUCCAACCUGGCCCCUGGAACUCUGGACCAGCCCAUUGUGUUUGACCUGUUGCUGAACAACCUCGGAGAAACUUUUGAUAUCCAGUUUGGUAGGUUCAACUGUCCGGUGAAUGGUACCUAUGUCUUCAUCUUCCACAUGCUGAAACUGGCUGUAAAUGUCCCUCUGUAUGUGAAUCUCAUGAAGAAUGAAGAGGUCCUUGUGUCAGCAUAUGCAAAUGAUGGGGCUCCUGACCAUGAAACAGCCAGUAACCAUGCAGUCCUGCAGCUGUUCCAGGGAGAUCAGAUCUGGCUACGGCUGCAUCGGGGAGCCAUCUAUGGAAGUAGCUGGAAAUAUUCCACCUUUUCUGGAUACCUCCUUUAUCAGGACUAAAAUCCAGUGCAAUGUUUACAAAAGAGCUGCUCCAAACACCUUGGUGAGGGGGGUGGGACUAGCUUUGCACUUAUUACUGACUUUAUAGAGGAUAUGUGGUUCCAUUAUUGGGGGGAAAUGGUGGUCCUGUUUUGCAAGGUGAAAUCAUGGAGUUGGGGUACUGAAUCAGCACUAAUUUGGCACUUUAUCAGUUGUGAUGUAGCCUUGCUAAUAAAGCUGUGAAUGUAUAUUGUUUGCACUUACCCUAAACUGUAUUAAUGUCCAGCUUACUACACUAUUGAUUGCCUCAAGUAUGGGCUAUUCACAAUGCCUUGUUGUGCCUCAAUAAAACAAAUUAAUAUGCAUUUUAGUAUUAA